CGUCAGAUUCCGGCGUUUUCCCGGUUUCCAGAAGUAAACAAGUCGCCCCUACUAUAUAAACUGGAGCACUCUUUUGCACUGACCGGGAAAAGGGUUGAAUUAUCCCGAUCGGUAGAGAGAUGGGCGUGGGCAUUCGAGCGAUCCAGCGUUCCAGGAACCUCCUCUUCUCCCGAUUCUCGUCCUUCCCGACUCCCAUUUCUAGGGCCCUUUUGACAGAGAAUGCCGCCGGGGUUCGCCGCGUCCACUCGAGGCCGGCCCUUCAGAAGCCGGAGGCAGCGGCAACAGCGGCCGAGGAGCCGGCUCCCCCGCCGCCUCCCCCGAGGAAUCCGGUCGGAGGCGCUAGGGUUGAGUUCGCGAAGCCGGAGGACGCGAUCGAGGUGUUCGUCGAUGGUUACCCCGUGAAGAUCCCCAAGGGGAUGACGGUCUUGCAGGCGUGCGAGGUGGCCGGAGUCGACAUCCCCCGGUUCUGCUACCACAGCCGUCUCUCGAUCGCGGGGAACUGCAGGAUGUGCUUGGUCGAGGUGGAGAAGUCGCCGAAACCGGUCGCUUCUUGUGCUAUGCCUGCGCUACCCGGGAUGAAGAUUAAGACGAAUACUCCUGUGGCGAAGAAGGCAAGGGAAGGGGUUAUGGAGUUCCUCUUGAUGAACCAUCCUUUGGAUUGUCCCAUCUGCGAUCAAGGUGGGGAAUGUGAUCUUCAGGAUCAGUCUAUGGCCUUUGGAUCCGAUCGGGGCCGUUUCACAGAAAUGAAGAGAUCAGUCGUUGAUAAGAAUCUCGGUCCUCUGGUGAAGACGGUAAUGACUCGGUGUAUCCAGUGCACAAGGUGUGUAAGGUUUGCAACUGAAGUUGCUGGAGUUCAGGAUCUUGGCAUGUUAGGUCGUGGUAGUGGUGAAGAAAUAGGAACAUAUGUGGAAAAGCUUAUGACCAGCGAACUUUCUGGGAAUGUCAUUGAUAUCUGCCCUGUGGGUGCCCUUACCUCCAAACCUUUUGCUUUUAAAGCUCGAAACUGGGAACUGAAGGGUACAGAGAGCAUUGAUGUUACAGAUGCAGUCGGUUCAAACAUAAGGAUUGAUAGUAGAGGCCCAGAAGUUAUGCGCAUCCUUCCUCGAUUGAAUGAGGAUAUUAAUGAGGAGUGGUUAUCAGAUAAAACUCGAUUUUGUUAUGAUGGUCUUAAGAGACAAAGGUUAAAUGAUCCCAUGAUUCGUGGGCCUGAUGGGCGAUUUAAGCCUGUGAAUUGGCGAGAUGCCCUUGCAGUUGUUGCAGAGGUAGCCCACCAAGUCAAGCCUGAAGAAAUUGUGGGAAUUGCUGGUCAACUGUCUGAUGCUGAAUCAAUGAUGGCACUAAAAGAUCUAUUGAAUAGGAUGGGUUCCAACAGUGUAUGGUGUGAAGGAAAUGGGACACAUCCUUGUGCUGAUUUGCGCUCAGGAUUCCUUUUGAAUACCAGUAUUAGUGGCCUUGAGAAGGCAGACGUCUUCCUCUUGGUUGGUACCCAGCCAAGAGUUGAAGCUCCCAUGGUGAAUGCAAGGAUCAGAAAAGCUGUUUCAUCAGUGCAGGCCAAGGUUGCAUACAUUGGCCCAGCUACAGACUUCAACUAUGAUCAUACUCACCUAGGCACGAGCCCUGAAACUCUCCUUCAAAUUGCAGAGGGUCGCCAUCCUUUCUGCUCUACCUUGUUAUCUGCUAAAAAACCUGCAAUAAUUGUGGGUGCUGGUGUUUUCCAGCGCAAGGACAAGGAUGCUAUAUUUGCUUCCCUAGAAACUGUCUGCAAUCUUGGGAAAGUUAUUCGUCCUGAAUGGAAUGGAUUCAAUGUCCUGCUUCUCAGUGCUGCCCAGGCAGCUGCACUUGAUCUUGGCCUUGUCCCUGGACCCGACUCAGCUAAGGGAAUGAAGUCUGCAAAGCUUGUAUAUUUGCUUGGUGCUGAUGACAUAAACUUGGAUGAAAUCCCUGGAGAUGCAUUUGUUGUGUAUCAGGGUCACCAUGGUGACAGAAGUGUGUACCGGGCUAAUGUCAUUCUUCCAGCCACAGCCUUUAGUGAGAAGGAAGGAACCUAUGAGAACACCGAAGGAUGUACUCAACUUACUACACCAGCAGUUCCAACGGUAGGGGAUGCAAGGGAUGACUGGAAGAUCAUAAGGGCACUGUCUGAAGUUGCAGGUCUGAGGCUGCCAUAUGACAGUGUUUCAGCCCUCCGUGCUCGUAUGCAAACAGUAGCGCCUAACCUGUUCCACGUUGAUGAGAGGGAGCCGACUACACCAAUAACACCAGACAAGCUAAGGCCAGGAUUCACCCAGAAAUUGAGCAUGACUCCAUUCCAUAAGGCUGUGGAGAACUUCUAUAUGACGGAUUCUAUCACCAGAGCGUCAAAGAUAAUGGCGCAGUGCAGCACACAGCUUUUGAAGCAGUAUUGAGAACAUUGGCUGUCGUGCUGGAAUAAGAGCAAGCUGCUGGAGUGGGUGACAGUUCCAGUUCAGGGUUUGCGGAUCUGGAGAAACAACCACUCUGCGUGCAUCCUGUUUUUACUUUUCCAUUUUUUGCUGUAAGAAUUUAUAGUACUUCAUGCGUAAUGUUCGACAUGAGAUUUUGGUGGAGCCCAUGGCUAACCUGCUCGCUAAUUAUUAACAAUGUUAAAUAUGCAUGUGUUAUAUUGCUUUGGCAUUGCAAGUGCCUAAAAAUAAGUGUUUCUUAUCUGAA